CGUCUCUGAGCCAGGAGGUCAGAACUGUGGGACUGAUGACAUCCCACAACUGGAGCAGCCAUAGUGCCGGGAACAGCUCUGACCGCAGUGGUUCCGGGGAGAAGCCUUUCCGGGACCCAUGUGUAGGCCCAGCUGUUUUCCCUGAUCGGGAUCCUUGUGGUACUCAACAGAGGAAAGAAAUUCCUAAGCAAGGAACACUACUCAGAAAGUACUGUACCAUGUCUUCAAAUGCCUGAGGAUCAAGUUGGAAAACUGGAAGCAACAGAAAACACAGUAAGCGCAAUGGCGGCGGCCGCGGCGGAGCAGCAACAGUUCUACCUGCUCCUGGGAAACCUGCUCAGCCCCGACAAUGUGGUCCGGAAACAGGCAGAGGAAACCUAUGAGAAUAUCCCAGGCCAGUCAAAGAUCACAUUCCUCUUACAAGCCAUCAGAAAUACGACAGCUGCUGAAGAGGCUAGACAAAUGGCCGCCGUUCUCCUAAGACGCCUCUUGUCCUCUGCAUUUGAUGAAGUCUAUCCAGCACUUCCCUCUGAUGUUCAGACUGCCAUCAAGAGUGAGCUGCUCAUGAUUAUUCAGAUGGAAACACAAUCUAGUAUGAGGAAAAAAGUUUGUGAUAUUGCGGCAGAACUGGCCAGAAAUUUAAUAGAUGAAGAUGGCAAUAACCAGUGGCCCGAAGGUUUGAAGUUCCUUUUUGAUUCGGUCAGCUCUCAAAAUGUGGGACUACGAGAAGCUGCCCUUCACAUUUUCUGGAACUUCCCUGGAAUUUUUGGGAACCAGCAGCAGCACUAUUUAGACGUCAUCAAACGGAUGUUAGUUCAGUGUAUGCAAGAUCAGGAACACCCGUCGAUUAGAACUUUAUCUGCUAGAGCUACAGCUGCAUUUAUACUUGCAAAUGAGCAUAAUGUUGCUCUGUUCAAACAUUUUGCAGACUUGCUACCAGGAUUUCUACAGGCUGUAAAUGACUCGUGCUACCAGAAUGAUGAUUCUGUCCUAAAAUCCCUUGUUGAGAUUGCAGAUACUGUUCCAAAGUAUUUGCGUCCUCACUUGGAAGCAACUCUACAGCUAAGUCUAAAGUUGUGUGGAGACACUAGCCUCAACAAUAUGCAACGCCAGCUUGCCCUUGAAGUUAUUGUCACCCUCUCUGAGACUGCAGCUGCUAUGUUAAGAAAACAUACCAAUAUUGUUGCACAGACUAUUCCUCAGAUGUUAGCAAUGAUGGUUGAUUUGGAAGAAGAUGAGGACUGGGCAAAUGCAGAUGAACUAGAAGAUGAUGAUUUUGACAGCAAUGCAGUUGCAGGCGAGAGUGCUCUAGACCGAAUGGCUUGUGGACUUGGUGGAAAGCUCGUUCUGCCGAUGAUCAAGGAACACAUUAUGCAAAUGCUUCAAAAUCCUGACUGGAAAUAUCGGCAUGCAGGAUUGAUGGCCUUAUCUGCCAUUGGUGAAGGGUGCCACCAGCAAAUGGAAGGAAUUCUAAAUGAGAUAGUAAAUUUUGUUUUACUUUUUCUUCAGGAUCCUCAUCCACGAGUGAGGUAUGCAGCCUGUAAUGCCGUGGGACAGAUGGCUACAGAUUUUGCACCUGGUUUCCAAAAGAAAUUUCAUGAGAAGGUGAUUGCAGCUCUGCUGCAGACCAUGGAAGACCAAGGCAAUCAACGUGUGCAGGCCCAUGCAGCUGCUGCCCUCAUUAACUUCACUGAAGACUGUCCCAAGUCACUACUUAUUCCAUACUUGGAUAAUUUGGUGAAACAUCUGCAUUCCAUUAUGGUACUUAAGCUUCAAGAGCUGAUUCAAAAAGGCACCAAGUUAGUUUUGGAACAAGUCGUGACAUCCAUUGCGUCAGUUGCAGAUACUGCAGAAGAAAAAUUUGUCCCCUACUAUGAUUUAUUUAUGCCAUCACUGAAGCACAUCGUUGAGAAUGCGGUUCAAAAAGAACUGAGACUUCUGAGAGGAAAAACUAUUGAAUGCAUUAGCCUCAUUGGUCUGGCUGUUGGGAAGGAAAAAUUCAUGCAGGAUGCAUCAGAUGUGAUGCAGCUAUUGUUAAAGACCCAGACAGACUUCAAUGACAUGGAAGAUGAUGAUCCUCAGAUCUCUUACAUGAUCUCAGCAUGGGCCAGAAUGUGCAAAAUCCUUGGAAAAGAAUUUCAGCAGUACCUUCCAGUGGUUAUGGGGCCUUUAAUGAAAACGGCUUCAAUUAAGCCUGAAGUAGCCCUUUUAGAUACCCAAGACAUGGAGAAUAUGAGUGAUGAUGAUGGUUGGGAAUUUGUGAACCUUGGAGAUCAGCAAAGCUUUGGUAUUAAAACUGCAGGACUAGAAGAAAAAUCAACUGCUUGCCAGAUGUUGGUUUGCUAUGCUAAGGAGUUAAAGGAAGGCUUUGUGGAGUACACCGAACAGGUUGUCAAACUGAUGGUCCCUUUACUGAAGUUUUAUUUCCACGAUGGUGUUCGAGUGGCAGCAGCAGAAUCCAUGCCUCUUCUCCUGGAGUGUGCAAGAGUCCGUGGUCCUGAGUAUCUCACACAGAUGUGGCAUUUUAUGUGUGAUGCUCUAAUUAAGGCCAUUGGUACAGAACCAGAUUCAGACGUCCUCUCAGAAAUAAUGCAUUCUUUUGCAAAGUGCAUUGAAGUAAUGGGAGAUGGAUGCCUUAAUAAUGAACACUUUGAAGAACUAGGAGGUAUAUUGAAAGCAAAGCUUGAAGAACAUUUUAAAAAUCAAGAAUUACGACAAGUUAAAAGACAAGAUGAAGACUAUGAUGAACAGGUCGAAGAGUCACUACAAGAUGAGGAUGAUAAUGAUGUUUAUAUUCUGACCAAAGUGUCAGAUAUUUUACAUUCAAUAUUCAGUAGCUACAAAGAAAAGGUAUUACCAUGGUUUGAACAGCUGCUUCCGUUAAUUGUCAACCUCAUUUGUCCACAUAGACCAUGGCCAGACAGACAAUGGGGAUUAUGCAUCUUUGAUGAUGUCAUAGAACACUGUAGUCCAGCCUCAUUUAAAUAUGCAGAAUAUUUCCUAAGACCAAUGCUCCAAUAUGUAUGUGACAACAGCCCAGAAGUCAGGCAAGCAGCUGCAUAUGGCCUGGGAGUCAUGGCACAGUAUGGUGGAGAUAAUUAUCGCCCUUUUUGUACAGAAGCACUUCCCCUGCUGGUAAGAGUUAUUCAGUCUGCGGAUUCUAAGACCAAAGAAAAUGUCAAUGCUACAGAAAACUGCAUCUCAGCAGUAGGGAAAAUCAUGAAGUUCAAGCCUGACUGUGUAAAUGUUGAAGAGGUCCUUCCACACUGGUUGUCUUGGCUUCCACUACAUGAAGAUAAAGAAGAAGCUGUUCAGACUUUCAAUUAUCUGUGUGACCUGAUUGAAAGUAAUCAUCCAAUUGUUCUUGGCCCAAACAAUACCAAUCUGCCCAAAAUAUUUAGUAUAAUUGCGGAAGGAGAAAUGCACGAGGCAAUUAAACAUGAAGAUCCUUGUGCCAAACGUCUGGCCAAUGUCGUUCGCCAAGUACAGACUUCUGGAGGACUGUGGACUGAGUGCAUAGCACAGCUCAGUCCUGAGCAGCAGGCCGCCAUUCAGGAGCUCCUGAACUCUGCGUGAAGGGCCUUAAUGUCACCCACCAGAAAACUAACUCCAAAUAAACGCUUACCCUUUCGUUUAGGUUUCUUUGUUUUGUUUUUGAGCAAAAGAGAGCGGUAGUGUUGUGUGUAGGCCAUUCUGGAGAGCCAUGAGCAGGAAGAGCAGCGCUGUGUUGCAGAAUGGAGUUUCCAUGGAUUUCUACCAGACCAGUGAAGGAGUUCCUGGAAGCCCUGCAGUAGCACUGAAGAGUAUUUUUCUAUUGGUAUAACCCACCCACCUGAAGGGGAAAGGGAAAUCAAAUUAAUUUUUCUCGUUAGACAUAAGGAAAUUUAAGGAAAAACAGCUUUAAGAACAGUUACUCAGCGUAGAUGUGUGUUCACACAGAUUGCUCUGCACUCAGUGUUCAUUGUUAAUUGGAGUGUGAGUCUUUCUGUAGGGUAGAAAGAAGCCUACUACCCAGCAAACCACUAGACCCAAAAGUUGAAAAAAACUGAUGACAGACAACAAGCAUGAAGAUGGCAUAUUUGAUGUCACUUUGGUUCUUUUUCCCAGAAGGCUUAUACAGUGACUCAGUCGGGAAGCUUUCCAGCUUCCAGCCCUUGAAUGUGAAGUGUCAUUGGCAUGUCUGGCAGUAGUCUCUUAUUCACUCCUCAAUAAACAACAUUGAAUACAAAAGAGGCUUGUGUAAAAACUCAGUACUGUCUGGCUUGGAUUCAUUUCAUGUUUUUACUAUAAGAAUGAUCUAAUAUUUUUUUAAAGUAAUAGCUAUCAGUAAUAGCUGAGUGUUUUUUCCCCUAAUAUUUUCCUUGUGCAGUUCAGUCUUAAGCAUCGAGUUUUUACCAUCUUCCACUGUAAGCUAAGUUAUGAUACCUAUUCCAUUCACAAUUGGUGUUCUUUUUAAGGUUUGCAAAUUUCAGCCAGUUUUGUAGCUAGGAUUGUUCUGAUUAGCUCAAAAAGAUUUGGCUUAGUGUUUUCAUUGCAAAUUAUAAUUGCUGUAGAGCCACACACAACUUUUGAACUUAUAAGUAUUAUGGCUAAAGUUAUUUGCUGAAAAUUUCAGUAAAAUGUGUGAAUGUUUCUUUAUGUAUUAACCUCAUAGCAGUAAAUGACUUACUGUUGUUUAAUUUUUCUAAGGCAUCUUAAUAGACUUCUGUUGAAAACUUCAGUGUUAACAUUUUUAUAGUUUGUACUAAAUUUAACCGUGAUAUAAAAAUGAAUUUUAUGCAUAGAUCAGAAUUUUAAAUUAAAGGUUUUUUCUUUAAAUGAUUUGUAUUACUUUAUUAAAACUAAAUCUGAAAUGGAAUAGAAAAUAGAAUGGAUUACAUACAGAUGGUUUACUUGUUAGCAGAUGCCCUUCAAAUAUAUUUUCCGUUUGCAGCACAACACCAUUGCCUGGAGGCUUCCAAAUCUAGCAAAACAAAAUAUUAAAUGACUUCACCUGCGCAGUCCUUGGUUUCAGUGGAUGGAUACCUGUGGGCUCUUGUAAUGUGUGUGGUAAUAUUUGGAGCUUUAUAGCCUGUAUUCCUUGGGAGAAAAAGAUGGGAAUUGGAGUAAAAAAUGUGUCAAGACAA